AUGAAGGUUGUCAAUCUGAAGAUAGCCAUUCUGCAAGCUUGGAAAGAGCGCUGGAGUGACUACCAGUGGGCUGUAAAUAUCAAGAAAAACUUUCCAAAGGGAGCAACGUGGGACUAUCUUAACCUUGCAGAGGCGUUAAUGGAACAGGCGUUGAUCGGCCCAUCUCCUAACCCACUUAUUUUGUCUUAUCUUAAAUAUGCCAUAAGUUCACAGAUGGUGUCUUAUUCCAGUGUGCUCAUAGCCAUUAGCAAGUUUGAUGACUUUUCACGAGAUCUUUGCAUCAAGUCGCUUCUGGAGAUCAUGGACAUGUUUUGCCAUCGCCUCACCUGCCACGGGAAAACCGAGGAAUGCAUCGGCCUGUGUCGGGCCUUGCUGGGGGUGGUGGUGUGGCUCCUCAACGGCUGCUCCUUCUACUGCGAAAGACUGAGUGAACCGGGUUUGCUGAGCGCAGCUGAGGCCUGCCUGGAAGAGUGCCGCAACAGGCUGCACAAACUGAUGAGCAGCACCAAGAACCGAGCUCUGGUGCACAUCGCACGGCUUGAAGAUCAAGGUUCCUGGAGUAACGUGGAGCAAGCCAUUCUUAAAGUCAGCGAGGGGCUCAACUGUGUAUCCAACCCGACAUUUACAAGUCAGCUAGAGGAUAGCUUAGAGCUGGUCAAAGGCAUCCCGCAAAUGCUGUCCGUGCAGUUCGACUCGCCGCUGCAUGCUUCCUUCCCGUCAAUCCACGCUUUCAUUAUGCUGGAAGGGACCAUGAAUUUGACAGGGGAAACGCAGCCAAUGGUUGAGCAGCUUAUGAUGAUCAAGAGAAUGCAGAGAAUCCCUACUCCAUUUUUUGUGUUGGAAAUCUGGAAAGCCUGUUUCACUGGCCUUAUUGAGUCACCAGAGGGCACCGAAGAGCUCAAAUGGACUGCCUUCACUUUCCUCAAGAUUCCACAAGUUCUUCUCCGACUCAAGAAGUAUCCUCAGGGUGACAAAGGGCAGGAAUUCACGGACGACGUGAAUGUCGCAUUUCAGUACCUGCUCAAGCUGACGCCGCUGCUGGACAAAGCCGAUCAAAGAUGCAAUUGCGACUGCCUUGGCAUGCUGCUACAGGAGUGCAACAAGCUCGGCUUGCUUUCCGACUCCAACACGGAGGUGCUCACAUCCGAACGGACGGAGGACAGGAAGUUCUCCCCGAAGCUCAAAACCGCAGAAAAUGCAAAUAUUCAACCCAACCCGGGCCUAAUCCUACGUGCUGAACCCACCGUCACUAACAUUCUCAAGACGGUAGAUGCCGACCACUCCAAAUCCCCGGAGGGACUCCUAGGCGUCCUCGGUCACAUGUUGUCCGGGAAAAGUUUGGAUCUGCUGCUUGCAGCCGCCGCCGCCACGGGCAAACUUAAGUCGUUUGCUCGCAAGUUCAUCAAGCUAAAUGAGUUUCCCAAGCACAUAAGUGGGGAAGGAUCAAAGUCUGCAUCAGUUCGUGCGCUUCUCUUCGACAUCUCCUUUCUUAUGCUUUGCCACGUGGUACAGACGUAUGGUUCUGAGGUGGUCCUGUCUGACCCCAGCCCAUCCGGGGAGACACCCUUUUUUGAGACAUGGCUGCAAACUUGUAUGCCAGAAGAGGGGAAAAUUCUGAACCCGGACCACCCCUGCUUCAGGCCCGAGCCUGGAAAAGUUGAAAGUUUGGUGACUCUGCUGAAUAAUUCCUCAGAGAUGAAGCUAGUUCAAGUGAAAUGGCACGAAAUUUGCCUCAGCACCCCAGCAGCAAUUUUAGAAGUUCUGAACGCAUGGGAGAACGGCGUACUGUCCGUGGAGGCCGUGCAGAAGAUUACUGACAACAUCAAGGGCAAAGUGUGCAGUAUGGCGAUCUGCGCCGUAGCAUGGCUGGUGGCUCACGUUAGGAUGCUGGGGCGGGAUGAAAGGGAGAAGCCUCAGACCAUGAUCCGACAGCUGGUCACCCCGCUUUAUGGCGAGAACACGCUGCAGUUUUACAGCGAACGCGUGAUCAUUAUGAGCUCCAUCAUGGAGCACAUGUGCGCUGACGUCUUCCAGCAAACGGUGGCAACUCUGCGCCCGCCCAUGGAGGGCCAGGAGCCCAUACCUUACCGCAACCUGUUACCGGCCAAGGAGCCCAUCCGGGCUGCCCUCGCCAAGCAGUUCCAGCUGGUUUUGCGCAAAGGCUGGGUGGACAGCCGGGCGCUGCAUCUGUUUCAGAGUCUGCUCAACAUGGGAGGCGUCUUCUGGUUCACUAAUAAUUUGGUCAAGGAGCUGCUCAAGGAAACUCGGCAGGAGUGGGCUCAUCGGGUGGUGGAGUUGCUUUACAGCAUCUUCUGUUUGGACAGCCAGCAGAUUAGCCUGACCUUGCUAGGCACCAUCGUGCCCAACCUACUCACCGACUCCGCCCAUUGGCACAGCUUGGUAGACCCACCUGGCAAAGCGCUGGCCAAGUUAGCAGUGUGGUGCGCACUUAGCUCCUAUUCGUCCCACAACAAAGGUUCCUUCUCAGCUCAUCAACGGAGAAGACAGCGAGAAGAUAUCGAGGACUACAACAGCCUCUUUCCAUUGGACGACACACAACCGUCGAAGCUCAUGCGUCUCCUCAGCUCCAAUGAGGAUGAGCCUGUUGCACUUUCCAGUCCAGGAGACCGAUCAAUGAGCAGCUCCCUUUCUGCCUCCCAACUCCACACGGUCAACAUGAGAGACCCGCUCAAUCGUGUUCUGGCCAACCUUUUCCUGCUCAUUUCCUCCAUCCUGGGCUCCAAGAUGGCAGGGCCUCACACGCAGUUUGUACAUAGCUUCAUGGAGGAGUGUGUGGAAUGCCUGGAGCAAGGAAAUCGCGGAAGCAUCCUGCAGUUCAUGCCUUUCACUAUGGUCUCCGAGCUGGUGAAGUUGCCCGCUCUUGCCAAACCCAAAGUGGUUCUGGCCGUCACCGAUUUGAGUCUGCCCUUGGGGAGGAGAGUUGCGGCGAAAGCCAUCGCUGCCUUGUAA